CGGUGUGAUUCUGUUGGUGUGGACUUUGAGUCCUGUGUAGGCGAAGGAAAAAAGCGGGCGGAGCUGUAAUAAAUUUGCCACCGGGAAAGAAGAGUGCAUCGUGAUAAACUGACUGACGAAUUUACCGUUUCCGAUCCCAGGAGAAGCAGCAUUCCAGCAAUGAAGAUUAUGAAAAUGUCCCCCUGCAAAGUCCUGUUCGUGGUGAUGCUGUGUUCGGUUCUGCUCUGCUAUCACACGUCCAGUGCUGGCCCGGCCCGUCAGUUGGCCAGUUUGGCAGCGAGGGCCUCCAAAAUACCACGUUCGAUACGGGCCCCGUUCCGCAACUCUGAGAUGAUGACGGCGCGAGGAUUCGGCAAGAGGCGCGCCCCGAUUGGAGCGAACGUGGGCGGGGGCAGCGCAAGCGGAACCAUGGUCAAACACGUGGCCGACGAAACGCCCUGGGGCUACGACAAGCAUGAGGCCGGCAAGCUGAUCGAGGAACUGGUGGCCGACGGAGUUGAUUCGCUGCAGAUGGGCGGUGCGGGGGAGCAGGAGAGCUUCCCCCUGGACUGGUUCGCCUCCGAGAUGACCACCAACCCGGCCCUGGCGCGGACCAUUUUGCAACGCUUCGUGGACACCAACCGGGACGGGAUUCUAACUACGAGCGAACUGAUCAGCUCACCGUUGGGUGGUGGUGGCGCCGCCGCCAGCGACAGCAACGACUUGUUCUAAUUCUGGCCCGGUUCGAUUACAACAACCUCCCCCCAUUUCCGAGUUCCCACCGAUUUUCCCACAGAGUUGAAGAAAUGGUUACAAAUUACACGGAAAGCUCGAACGAGGACAGCGCGACUGGUUGCGGAAGGAUGAGAAACUAAAAGACAGCAAAAUCAAAACAAAAUCGUGUAAAAUAAUUGACAAAGUGAAUGUUAGCUUUUUUCUCUCCAAUUAAUUCGUUAUAGUAGGUAGUUUGUAAGGUUUUAGCUACCGUAGAGUGUAGAGGGAAAAGGGAGUUUUAGUUCGUGGUCAAGAAAGAGUCUGGUGUGAUUUAGGGAAGCUACUCAAAAUUUAUCGUUUUGUACGCGACAGUUCUACGCGAUUUUGGAAGUGUCUAUAAAUCUCGCCGAUGUGGUCGAUUCAUCUCAAUGUAAUAUAUAUUCCUGAUGUGACACCGCGUUGAUGAGACUGGAACGAAAACACGGUUGUAAGCCGGCAAUGGCUGGAUGCCGGACUAUUUCCAUGAAUUCGGGAAAUCUACGAGAAAGAAAAUAAAACACAGUUCAGAAGGGCAGUUAGCGGAUGGUAGUGUUAUUAAGAUGUUCAAUUAAUGCAAAUAUUUAAGCACAUGUCGCAAUGUUAUGAGGUGUAAGUUAAGUUCAAUACAAAAAAGUAUAAUUCAUGAGAGAGAAUGCUACCUUAUAGAAAACUAAAUUCAUCACGCAAGCCAAAAACAAAACAACAAACACACACACACACUGUACCAUACUUAGAGAGUGCUAAAACUGCAGCAUGGUUAAAUUACGCCAGGAAAAGUUUACCAAAGAAAAUUGCAAAAUAAAACUUGAAAAUUACUGCAAAGCGAUAUUUUCGUACACACAACCUCCCGAGAAAGCAGCAAAGAAGGGCUUAAACUUUCCCCGCACUUUGAAAAUAUUAGCGCAGCAGGUUGAGAAUUAGUACUGCUUCACGCCGGGGCUGGCUCAUGUUUAUGCUUACUUUGCAGUGCAGUGCUAUCUGAAACCCCUUUCCAUACCCAUCUUAAACAUUUUAAUCAUACCGGACAGGGUCGGUGUGCUGCAUGUGAUUGAGGAGGAGCGGCACAAAACGAUAUGCGAAUGGAAAUAUAACUUGGACUUGAA